AUAGGGUCUGAUUCUUACUGUGGUUAUUGAAAGUGUGCCGUUGCUCAUCAUCAUCAUGUAUCUUGCUACGAUUCUCCAACUCUUCACGCUGCACAUUACUUUUCAUCAGGUGGCCUAUGCCCUUGACGCUUGUAUUUGUGAGUUUGAGAAUGCAGAGAAACCGUUUCCUCACAACAAACUCAACACUGUGGAGCAAGGCGCUGUGAAAUGUAACCAGGACGUCAAUCCACAGAAGGCCCUGGAGUUUGAUGGUCUGCUGUUGGCCCUGGAGCAGCGCUUGCCCGAGCUGGUGGCUGUGGUGUCUGAGCUGGAGCAGGAGAACGAUGGGGAUCUGUACGGGGCCAUCACCCUGCAGGUCAUCCACAACGACAUGGCUGAGAUUCAGCAGCUCGUGAACAGGCUCAACAGCACCCACCUCGGGUUUAGGCAACAAAACAGCGACGUGUCUGAGACGGUCAAGACUAAUAAGUGUACUGCAUAUAUAAAAGAAGAGAUGCAGCAGCUGGAAGCGUUUGACACCAUGCAGACGGUGAAGAGAGAGAAGACCAACAACCGUCUCACCAGAGACCUGGAUCACUGCAAGAAUGGACGCCACCUUAUUCCCACAGUCAUUCCUUCACAUGGUGGCGGUCCUCGACUUGUCAACGUGACGGGCCCGAGGGUCUACACAGCAGGAGAAUACCCAGGCUCUUACAAGUUCGGAUCCUGGGGUCGUGACCCCAAACCUGACGCUGGGAAGGAGAAUUGGUAUUGGCGUGUGAUUCUGACCAGCAGCAACGUAUACGCCCAUUAUGUGAGGCGCUACACCACUCUGAGCGCCCUGAUAGUCGGGAUCAGCACUCCAGGUACGAACCCGAGUAGCCAGCUUCAGCCUGGCAAAAACAUGGGUCAUUAG